AUGUCCAGUCUUGUGGCAGCGCAACAACAGAAGUUGGCUGGCCUGAUGGAUGAGGAGGUUGAAGAGGAUGGGGCAGGGAAAGGACUUGUAGGGAGUCGAGUUGACUUUUGGGAGUCUGUGGCCGUACAGAACAGGCCGGCAUCUCCUCGUCGAACUGGCCCACGGCUCCUGCACCAUCGCGCGUUUAGCGCUGACCCGGAUUCUGACAGCGAAGAACUCAUUCCAGUGGAGACAUGCAUCGAUGAGCGCCGAUAUUGGCACAAGGAGCGAGAUCGCUGGCACGAGGCAGAGCACUGGAGGUCGUGGCGUCUCCUGGAAUACGGCACAGAACAGGCGUGUGCGACACACGUGCUAAACCCUUUAAGCGUCAGGCCAGCAACUUUCGAGCGAAGCCAGGGCUCAGCAGUCUUUGGUUUUGGGGUUUGGGCUUUAAAGUUUAGGGCUUACGGGUUUGGGGUUUGA